GCUCCGCUGGCAGUGCGCCGAGCAGCACAUGGCCGUACACCGCCGGAGUGUCUCUCAGAUGCGUUUCGGGCGGCCGUCAUUGUACGGAAAGUGUUAGGCAAUUGGUCUACUUCGCACCUCUUUUAUCGCAGUGACAAAAAGAUAUUCGUAACUUCUUGACUUCGGUGUGAAAUGGUGUUUCAUUUUGUUAAUGAAGUUGCAUAUAAUACUUCAAUACAUAGUGCGAGCCUGUAAUGCUUUCAAUUUGAAAACGACAAGUGAGCUUUUCGUACAGAAGUGUGCAGUUCUUGCCAGAAGAAUAUCUAACAGAAGUAGAAAAACUUUUGUAUCGGAAAUACCUCUAUGAUGUGCAAAUAUACUUUUUGAAGAAUGACAGACCUCUAAAGUGAUAUCUAAGAUUAAAAUGUCAUGUCAUAGUGCAAUGUUUCCCAAUUUUUGACAUGUGAGAUGAAUUAAAAUUUAUACAAACCGCAUGUAAAGAAAAACCAAAUAUAUAUUUUGAAAAUCAAAAUAGUUGCAGGAAAGUUAAAGAUUGUUACCCGUGACAAUACUUUUAAGGAUAAGUUAGGAACUUCAGAAAUAUAUACAUUUUUGUGGAUAGUAAAUGUACCUUCAUCUUAAAAUAUUUCUAACAUAGAUCCAUUAAGAAAUUACAAUUAUUCUAAAAUUCUUUGAUGUUCACAGUUCUUUUUGCUGGAUUCUGUAUUAUGUAUAUGCCUGUACUUAUAGAUCUGUUAAAUUAUAUCUUGACCGAAGAAGCGGAAAAAUAAUUUCAUCAGCAUUUAGCCUUUUUUUCUCUAUUGUUAACAUAUUUUGAAGAAACAAAUUUAAAAUUAAGGAGAGAUUCAUGGAUAAAAUUUAGUAUCAUAGGUUUAACGUUCACCACGAAAUUUUAGCCUUAUAUAUGAAAUUACUUUUUGGAUUUUAUAAUUAAAUAUUCGGCCAGAUAUCCCAGCUUCCUGGUUGUGCUUAAAACACUUCUGUAACAGAUAACAUUAGUGCUGCUAAUUCAACAAUGAGAUCACCUGCCGUCCUCGUUGGCACCUGCAAGUGGACUGUGAAUACGGAGACGCAGCGUUGCGGAACAUCGCCUGAAGACACGAAUGAAGAGGAAGAAAUGUAAUUUUAACUUAAAUCACUCUGAUUCGCUUUUCUUUUUCUGACGGAAGUGUGUUACUGUUACGCGAACUGUAGAGUUCGUAACGAUCUCAUUGACUUUAUCGUAUCUUCAAGUUUGAAUAUGCAAGUAAAUGGCUGAACAGUCAGGUCAUCAGGGGUCAUGGUAUUCCGACUGCUCUGGGUCUGCUUCUUCCUUGGAGCUUCACGUGCUGCCACUACAGCUGCUCACCGGCAAGAGGUAAACGAGGCCAAUUUACGCGAUCUGCUCACGGCAGCCGAGUGGACAUCACUUCUGGGGACUUCCGCUACCGCACCAGAAUUCGCAGUGGUGAGACCGCGACUUCCCAGCAAGCGUGGCAAGAGAUGGGCUCUACCGGACGAGACGUCCGUCAUGCCAGUGGUUUUCGAGGCUCAAUCGCUGGGGCGUCGGUUCGAACUGCAAUUUCGUCCCAGUCCAGCUCUCCUGGACCCGCAGUUCGUGCUACUCCGCCGCUGGAGCAACCACACAGAGAUGCUGUCCCCUCAUCUCGCGGAACAGAGCUGCUUCUACCGCAGUGACGUGGGACACCGCGCAGCGGUCGCCCUCUGUGGAGGCAUGAGAGGUAUCAUCUCCUCCCCUAACAAUGAAUAUUACAUUAUUAACCCUUUGCCACGUCGAUUCCGACGAAGUUCUGCCAGUAUACCUCACGUGGUAGUGAGGUGGACACCGCCUUCAUUAACAACGGACAGCAAGACACCAUCAUGUGCGUCCCAUCAUCCCCAAGAUACAAACAAACAAAUUCCUGAUGAAAAUUCACGGACCAAUUCCCCUGAUAGAGACCACAGAUUACAAUCAAAUGCCCCUAUUAGUGCCGUUGAUAAUUCUAGGACACUUAAUUGGAGUAACAAUAACAAUUCAAAAAAUUCUAGCACAGAACAUGUGUAUGAUUUGCACAUAAGUGACAAAGUGGAACUGAAAAAAACUGAAGCGUUAACAUCGAAACAGGAUAUGAGUGAGGAAUCGACAAAGAGAUCACAUAAGCCCAGCAGUGGUGUUCUCAAAACGAUACUCUUAUCGUCUGCGGAAAGCAAAACGAAAUUGGGUUACGGGGCGCUCAAUGCAAUUGAGGAUGUGAAGAAAUCCAGUAAUUGUUCAGAAGAAGAGCAUUCUGAAGUGCUGAGGAGGAAGAAGAGAUCGGCGGUGUUGGUACCAGGAACGCCCAUCCACGUGGAGACAGCCGUGUUUAUAGACAAGGAUCUGUAUCAACAUAUGGCCCUCAACUUCCCUACCGACACAGAACGUGAGCUUGUGCGUGUGGUUCUCGCCAUGAUCAACGCGGUGCAGCUGUUGUACCACGAUCCUUCACUUGGACGCCAGGUGAACUUUGUCCUCAAACGUUUGGAAAUCCUUCAUGUGGACCCAGUAUCACUGCAGCGUCCACAUGAUAUUGACCGUUUUCUUAGCAGCUUCUGCACCUGGCAGCGUGGAGAAAAUCCUCCAGCAGACUCUGACCCACUGCACUGGGACCAUGCCCUCAUCCUUACAGGGCUUGAUCUCUAUGUCGUUAGUAAGAAUGGCAAAGUCAGCAGUCAGGUUGUUGGUCUGGCUCCUGUAGCUGGUAUGUGUACUGCAACCAGCAGUUGCACUGUUAAUGAGGGUCGACACUUUGAGAGUGUAUAUGUAGUGGCACACGAGAUAGGACACAACCUAGGCAUGCGCCAUGAUGGGCCUUCAGCAGAAAAUGAGUGUGAUCCUGGGAGUUACAUUAUGUCACCAACCUUGGGAAGUGGAAAGAUCACAUGGUCUUCCUGCAGUCGACGGUACCUGCAGAUGUUCCUAGAAACACCCCAGUCACAAUGUCUGUUGGAUCACAGCAGUUCUGGUGGCCAGUUGGAUCACAGUGCUGAAGGAGCACUACCUGGAGAGAGGUUCAAUGCAGACCAGCAAUGUAUGCUUAAAUAUGGCCAUGGAAGUAUCCAUGCCAUACAGCAACCACUUGACGAUGUCUGUCGUGACCUGCAUUGCCAAAGAGACCGUUAUACUUGGACCUCACAUCCUGCCCUUGAAGGAACUUUCUGCGGUAACAACAAGUGGUGUCGCAGUGGUCGGUGUGUAGGGAGAGGCCUCUCAGCACUGCAAGCUGGAUUUUCGCCAAAUCAGCGGGUGGAUGGUGCAUGGAGCGAAUGGUCACCAUUUUCAGAGUGUGCCUCAGGCUGUCUAUACAGUGAAGAGGGGCGACUACAUGCUGGCAGCACAGGUAUCAUGGUAUCAACAAGACGAUGCAACAAUCCCAGGCCUGAAAAUGAUGGUCUGCCCUGUAAAGGCAGUGAUCACAGAUACAGGACAUGUCUUGCUGAGCAAUGUGGUAAUGUUCAGCGCACUACCAUAAAAGAUUUUGCUGACCAAAUUUGUAUUCGGGCUCGAGAAGUUGACAAGGAAUUGCUGGGAACCGGACUUCAAAAGCCAAGUUCUGAUCCGGGAGAAGCAUGCACUGUGUGGUGUUACAAAAGAAGUGGAGGGUCUAAAAGUCGAGGAUGGACAUUCCCUGAUGGUACAACCUGUCAGAGUCAUCGAUCACAAUAUAGGAAGUCAAUGUAUUGCAUCAGUGGUAGAUGUGAGGAAUUUGUUUGUGAUCGCUAUGAUGCAGCUACAUUCAGUACCCUGCCUGAGCUGUGCCAUGGGUCUUCAAACGGAGGAGGAGGGCGGCUUCAAGUCCAUGACUCCUCCCUCUUCUUUCGCAAUAAAGGUCAAAGGAGGGAAGUGCCUGAGACUCGAAUACAAUGGAGUCCUGCAAGCGGUUGCCAUUUUAACUGCCUUGCUCCAGGGCGAGGUCUCAGGCUUGUAGUUGCAAAAGAUAUGAAGUGUCAACUAGAGGACAACUGUGAAGGAGGGAGAAUCACUAGCAUUCAACUGUGUGAGCCAGAUAAGCAGGGAUGUGGCAGGCUUAAAACUCCAUUUGAGCAUGCAACCACAGUAUGCAGCAAGUACAGAGAGAGAGUAAGAAGGCUGUCUGGCUUUGGGAUGCAGAUUUCACCUGUUGCUCAGGAUCCUGAUCGCCCAUGUCAUGUAGCCUGCCAAGAUGAUGAAGUAAACCACCGUUUCUAUUUGGUCAAUGGAGAAGAUGGAUGGUUUCCAUUUGGUACGGAUUGUAGUCGUGGUGUACCUGAAAAGAGAGCAUACUGCAUUAGUGGAAAAUGUUUAGAGUUUGGUUCCGAUGACACACCUCUGCAUGAAUCGGAAUACACUCUACCUCUACUCAGUCGGAUGAAACGCAGUCUCAUCAACAAUUCAACCAAAGUGCAAACUAGACUGGAUCAGACCAUGCUGAAUAACAUUAUCUCCAGGCUUAACUUCAGAGAAAACUUCUACCAAGAGUUGAGCUCCCACAGCAAUCAAUAUUCUAUAGAUCUGAGUAAUCCGAUACACAUAGAAGUACAAACUGGUGUGCAAGAUUUGGUCAAUGUGGUACUCAACAACAAGGGGAAUGAUGAGAUUUGGAGAUCCACAAGAACUCUUGGAUGAUAAUCACCUUCAACCACUACUGACUUUACUGUUUAAGAGGCAUACACAACAUAACUGAACACACACUGAACUUCUAAUAUGGCUACUUACUGGCAAUCACAAAAACAAUAAAAAUGAGGGCCAAAGAAAUAAAGCCCAUAGAUGAAAAUUACUGCUGAAAUGUACUGCACUUUGCUCUUUUCUUAGCAAAGUUUUCAGGUACCAUGUCUGUAUGGAGGCAAUAAACAAUGAAAAUGCUAAAGAGUAUAGGUUGGCAAAAUGGAGAAUUUGUUUUACAAAAGACUUUUGAAUAAAUUUUA